GAUGUGCGAUUUUGAAGAAACAAAUAUUUUUUGUAAAGAAUGACUGUUCACAUUUUACUGAUAUUGGUGUUGUUGUACAAUGUGCAAAAAAUUGUAAAUAGCUGUACACAAUAUACUCAGAAUGGAGCUUGUUGCGUUUUUCCUUUUUUUUAUGAAGGGCAGACAAUUUCUGAAUGUAUACCAGAUUUUAAUGGCUCAUUGUGGUGUGCAACAACUUUUAAUUAUGAUGACGACCUUCAGUGGGACUAUUGUUUAGCAAACUCUUUAUCAAGUUGGUCAGACUGGAGCAACUGGUCAGAAUGUUCUAGUUCUUGUGGUACUGGAAUUACAAAAAGAACAAGGAUGUGCCUUGAUUCGACUAAUUCCUGUGUAGAAAGCAGUUCUGAUGUAGCUGAAUGUUACAGCAACCAAACAUGUACAGCAAACUCUUUAUCAAGUUGGUCAGACUGGAGUAACUGGUCAGAAUGUUCUAGCUCUUGUGGUACUGGAAUUACAAAAAGAACAAGAAUGUGUCUUGAUUCAACUAAUUCCUGUGUAGAAAGCAGUACUGAUGAAGCUGAAUGUUACAGCAACCAAACAUGUACAGACCCAAUGUCAAGUUGGUCAGAUUGGGGCAGCUGGUCUUAUUGUUCUGUUACUUGUGGUAGUGGAACUAUGAAAAGAACAAGGAUUUGUUUUGGUACAAAUGGUUUAUGUGUUGGAAACACUUCUGAUAUAAUUGAUUGUUCUAGUAAUCAAGCAUGUACAGCAAACUCUUUAUCAAGUUGGUCAGACUGGAGCAACUGGUCAGAAUGUUCAAGUUCUUGUGGUACUGGAAUUACAAAAAGAACAAGAAUAUGCCUUGAUUCAACUAAUUUCUGUGUAGAAAGCAGUACUGAUGAAGCUGAAUGUUACAGCAGCCAAACAUGUACAGCAGACCCAAUGUCAAGUUGGUCAGAUUGGGGCAGCUGGUCUUAUUGUUCUGUUACUUGUGGUAGUGGAAUUAUGAAAAGAACAAGGAUUUGUUUUGGUACAAAUGGUUUAUGUGUCGGAAACACUUCUGAUAUAAUUGAUUGUUCUAGUAAUCAAGCAUGUACAGCAAACUCUUCAUCAAGCUGGUCAGACUGGAGCAACUGGUCAGAAUGUUCGAGUUCUUGUGGUACUGGAAUUACAAAAAGAACAAGAAUUUGCCUUGAUUCAACUAAAUCGUGUGUAGAAAGCAGUACUGAUGAAGCUGAAUGUUACAGCAACCAAACAUGUACAGCAAACUCUUUAUCAAGUUGGUCAGAUUGGAGCAACUGGUCAGAAUGUUCGAGUUCUUGUGGUACUGGAAUUACAAAAAGAACAAGAAUUUGCCUUGAUUCAACUAAAUCGUGUGUAGAAAGCAGUACUGAUGAAGCUGAAUGUUACAGCAACCAAACAUGUACAGCAAACUCUUCAUCAAGCUGGUCAGACUGGAGUAACUGGUCAGAAUGUACUAGUUCUUGUGGUACUGGAAUUACAAAAAGAACAAGGGUGUGCCUUGAUUCAACUAAAUCGUGUGUAGAAAGCAGUACUGAUGAAGCUGAAUGUUACAGCAACCAAACAUGUACAGCAAACUCUUUAUCAAGUUGGUCAGACUGGAGCAACUGGUCAGAAUGUUCGAGUUCUUGUGGUACUGGAAUUACAAAAAGAACAAGAAUUUGCCUUGAUUCAACUAAAUCGUGUGUAGAAAGCAGUACUGAUGAAGCUGAAUGUUACAGCAACCAAACAUGUACAGCAAACUCUUUAUCAAGUUGGUCAGACUGGAGUAACUGGUCAGAAUGUACUAGUUCUUGUGGUACUGGAAUUACAAAAAGAACAAGGGUGUGCCUUGAUUCAACUAAAUCGUGUGUAGAAAGCAGUACUGAUGAAGCUGAAUGUUACAGCAACCAAACAUGUACAGCAAACUCUUUAUCAAGUUGGUCAGACUGGAGUAACUGGUCAGAAUGUACUAGUUCUUGUGGUACUGGAAUUACAAAAAGAACAAGGGUGUGCCUUGAUUCAACUAAAUCAUGUGUAGAAAGCAGUACUGAUGAAGCUGAAUGUUACAGCAACCAAACAUGUACAGCAAACUCUUUAUCAAGUUGGUCAGACUGGAGCAACUGGUCAGAAUGUUCGAGUUCUUGUGGUACUGGAAUUACAAAAAGAACAAGAAUUUGCCUUGAUUCAACUAAAUCGUGUGUAGAAAGCAGUACUGAUGAAGCUGAAUGUUACAGCAACCAAACAUGUACAGCAAACUCUUUAUCAAGUUGGUCAGACUGGAGUAACUGGUCAGAAUGUACUAGUUCUUGUGGUACUGGAAUUACAAAAAGAACAAGGGUGUGCCUUGAUUCAACUAAUUUGUGUGUAGAAAGCAGUACUGAUGAAGCUAAAUGUUACAGCAACCAGACAUGUACAGCAAGCUCUUUACCAAAUUGGUCAGACUGGAGCAGCUGGUCAGAAUGUACUAGUUCUUGUGGUACUGGAAUUACAAAAAGAACAAGGGUGUGCCUUGAUUCAACUAAUUUGUGUGUAGAAAACAGUACUGAUGAAGCUGAAUGUUACAGCAACCAAACAUGUACAGCAAUUUCUAUGUCAAGUUGGUCAGAUUGGGGCAACUGGUCUAAUUGUACUGUUACUUGUGGUGUUGGAGUUAUGAAUAGAACAAGAAUGUGUCUUGGUUCAAUUGAUUUAUGUGAAGGAAACACUACUGAUAUAACUGAUUGUUCCAGUAAUCAAACAUGUACAGCAAACACUUUAUCAAAUUGGUCAGAUUGGAGCAGUUGGUCAAAUUGUAGUGUCUCCUGUGGUGAUGGAACUAAGAAUAGAACAAGGAUGUGUCUUGAUCCAGUUAAAUCAUGUUUAGGGAACACUACUGAUAUAACUGAUUGUUAUAGCAAUUUAACUUGUGCAGCAAUUUCUAUGUCAAGUUGGUCAGAUUGGGGCAACUGGUCUAAUUGUACUGUUACUUGUGGUGUUGGAGUUAUGAAUAGAACAAGAAUGUGUCUUGGUUCAAUUGAUUUAUGUGAAGGAAACACUACUGAUAUAACUGAUUGUUCCAGUAAUCAAACAUGUACAGCAAACACUUUAUCAAAUUGGUCAGAUUGGAGCAGUUGGUCAAAUUGUAGUGUCUCCUGUGGUGAUGGAACUAAGAAUAGAACAAGGAUGUGUCUUGAUCCAGUUAAAUCAUGUUUAGGGAACACUACUGAUAUAACUGAUUGUUAUAGCAAUUUAACUUGUGCAGCAAUUUCUAUGUCAAGUUGGUCAGAUUGGGGCAACUGGUCUAAUUGUACUGUUACUUGUGGUGUUGGAGUUAUGAAUAGAACAAGAAUGUGUCUUGGUUCAAUUGAUUUAUGUGAAGGAAACACUACUGAUAUAACUGAUUGUUCCAGUAAUCAAACAUGUACAGCAAACACUUUAUCAAAUUGGUCAGAUUGGAGCAGUUGGUCAAAUUGUAGUGUCUCCUGUGGUGAUGGAACUAAGAAUAGAACAAGGAUGUGUCUUGAUCCAGUUAAAUCAUGUUUAGGGAACACUACUGAUAUAACUGAUUGUUAUAGCAAUUUAACUUGUGCAGCAAUUUCUAUGUCAAGUUGGUCAGAUUGGGGCAACUGGUCUAAUUGUACUGUUACUUGUGGUGUUGGAGUUAUGAAUAGAACAAGAAUGUGUCUUGGUUCAAUUGAUUUAUGUGAAGGAAACACUACUGAUAUAACUGAUUGUUCCAGUAAUCAAACAUGUACAGCAAACACUUUAUCAAAUUGGUCAGAUUGGAGCAGUUGGUCAAAUUGUAGUGUCUCCUGUGGUGAUGGAACUAAGAAUAGAACAAGGAUGUGUCUUGAUCCAGUUAAAUCAUGUUUAGGGAACACUACUGAUAUAACUGAUUGUUAUAGCAAUUUAACUUGUGCAGCAAUUUCUAUGUCAAGUUGGUCAGAUUGGGGCAACUGGUCUAAUUGUACUGUUACUUGUGGUGUUGGAGUUAUGAAUAGAACAAGAAUGUGUCUUGGUUCAAUUGAUUUAUGUGAAGGAAACACUACUGAUAUAACUGAUUGUUCCAGUAAUCAAACAUGUACAGCAAACACUUUAUCAAAUUGGUCAGAUUGGAGCAGUUGGUCAAAUUGUAGUGUCUCCUGUGGUGAUGGAACUAAGAAUAGAACAAGGAUGUGUCUUGAUCCAGUUAAAUCAUGUUUAGGGAACACUACUGAUAUAACUGAUUGUUAUAGCAAUUUAACUUGUGCAGCAAACUCUAUGUCAAGUUGGUCAGAUUGGGGCAACUGGUCUAAUUGUACUGUUACUUGUGGUGUUGGAGUUAUGAAUAGAACAAGAAUGUGCCUUGGUACAAUUGAUUUAUGUGAAGGAAACACUACUGAUAUAACUGAUUGUUCCAGUAAUCAAACAUGUAUAGCCAACCCUAUAUCAAAUUGGUCAGAUUGGAGCAGUUGGUCUAAUUGUACUGUUUCUUGUGGUGGCGGAACUAAGAAUAGAACAAGGAUGUGUCUUGUUACAAUAGAAUCAUGCAUUGGAAACAAUACUGAUGUAUCUGACUGUUACAGUAAUCAAACUUGUAAAAUUCAAUGUGAAAUAAUCUCACAAAUCGAAAAGUACUUGAGUGUUCCAGAGAAUGUUUUUAAAGAUACCAAUUUCGAUUUUGUCUUUGUUUUGCAGAAGUAUGAUUUGCACUGUCUAGAUAAUUCUGUAAUCAAUCUUGAUGACUCAUUAUUCAGCAGUGAUAUAUCAGAUCUUUCAUGGGAGUUUGAUUUGUACUUUGGAGAUGGAAAACCACUUUUAAGCAAGCAAAAAGUUAACUCUAACAGUUCACUAGAUUUUCUGUUUACUUAUAAUUAUGGUGAAUGUGGAAAAUACACAAUAGAAUAUAUUAUCAAACCUUUUAGUGGCAUGUAUUCAUUUUUAAAUGCUGAGAUAUUUGAUUAUGUCAACAUAACUGUGUUUUGCAAAAUGUCAUCAGUUAAAUUGGUAAGUAAUUCAACCUCAGAAACAUACCCUAAAGUGCCAUUGGAAAAAGAAUUAACUUUUUUAAUAAGUCAAGAUUUAGGUUCAUUUAUUAUAUACACAGUAGAUUGGGGAGAUAAUGUAGUCCAAUUAAUUGAUCAAUCACAGAAGAAAAGUCCUUUACCAUUUGUUCUCUCACAUACAUAUAAAAAUGCUGCAAAUUAUACUGUUAAUGUAAUUGCAAAAAAUGCAUUGCAAGUAACAAGUAGUAAAAUUAUUGUUCAAGUUCUAGAUUGCUCUUUUCCAAAAAUUACUUUUCAAUAUGGAACUCUACAAAAUCCUUUAAAAAUUUUUAAUGCUGUUAAAGAAUUUGUAGCAUAUGUAGAUGUAGAUGACAAUGAUUGUUUACUUGAAAAUAUUAGUAUUUAUUGGAUAUUAACAGGAAGUAACAUGACAAAUAAGUCUCAGGGAGUUUUAAAAAACAGUAAAAUAGUAUACUCUUUAAAAGGGAAUUUGGAUUAUGGGUCUUAUAUUAUCUCUUUGUAUUUUUCAUUCAAUAUGUUUACUAAUACAUAUAUAUCUUAUUUCAUGGUUGUUGAUUUACCGUUGUAUAUUGAGAUUGACAAUGGUGAAUUUCGUACUGUUGCUUACAAACAGACACAAAAUGGUAAUAUCUCUUUUCAAAAUUUAAAAAUAACUGCACUUGUAAGCUCUGAUGGGAGUCAACCUAAAAUAAAGUAUCAAGGUUUUGUAUAUGAAUGGAAAUGUCGAAUUGUGAGCAACAUCUCAUUUGCUUUAAAUAGCUUAAUUGCAAAUAAGAUGGUUAAUUCAAAUUUGGAAUCCAAUACUUGCUUUAAUGAAUCAUGGAUGGAUAUAACAGUUGAUGGUCCAGAGCUUGUAUUUAAUACCCAUAUGUUUUUAGAAGGAAUAAGAUAUCAGUUCCAAGUGAUUGGUACCAAUCUUGUUAAAAAUUCACAGAGUAACUCUUUUAUUCAAGAAGUUAUGAUUAGUCCUGGUGAAUUACCAAACGGGACGAUCAAUUGUGUAACCAACUGUGCUGAAAAGUUAAACAUAAAAGAUCAUGUUAUUUUUCAGUUUGCAUGCUUAAAUUGUGAUGAAACCCAAUUGUCUUAUAUUUGGGAAGUCUUGAAUGAUGAUGGUGAAUGGCCUGAAGAGUUAUUGCAAGAAAAUUCAACAACAACUGGCUUUAAAAACUCUUAUCUUGUAAUAAAUGUUGAAACAUUAUUGGCUUCAAAAAGUUACACUUUUACAUUAAAAGUUGGAUAUAUUGGAUCAUUUUAUAAAGCUUUGUUUAAUGUAAAAAAACAAACAUCAUCCUUGCCUAGUUCAGGAAGUUGCUUUAUUAGCCCACAACAAGGAUACGCUUUUAUUACAAAGUUUAAACUUAUUUGCCAAGAUUGGAAAGAUAAUGAAAAUAGUGUGUUAACAUAUAAAUACUUUUAUGACAAUGGUGCAGCAGAGGGUUAUACAAUGACAACGAAUGAACAUGUGGGUUACCCAUUAUUGAAUGCCAAAUCUCUUGAGGAUCCAAUUCUCAUAAAUUUUGUAUUGGGACCUGGUAACAUAAAUAAAAACUUUUCAGUUACUAUUAUUAUUAAAAUUGUUGGAAUUUAUAAAGCCUUCAUACAAUAUCCUGACCUAUUUGUUCAGGUUUUACCUUUUGAAAAAAAUAUUUCAACUCUACUUGCUGAUAUUAAAAUUCCAGAUAUUCUUACAUUUUCCAGUGUUCUACAUGCCAUAUCUCAUCUUUUAAAUUAUUAUUCAAAUACUGUCAAAUUGAUGAAUCCUGUAAUCACUAACAACAUCACAGGUUUUACUGAGCCUAAUGAUAAUGUUAUACUUAACAAGCAAAGCAUGCUGGUUCAACUCCAAUAUUUGCGUACUAGUGUAGUUGAUGUGCUUUUAUUGCAACCAAUAAAAAGUUUAAUGGACUUAAAAGAUGUUGGAGAUGUUUUAUCAAUUGUUUUAAGUGUGCCAGAUGAGCUUAAUCUAGAGACUAAGACUAAUGCAGUGGAUAUCAUCACAAAAAUGUCUUCUCUACUGACAGAAGAAAAUAUAAAAAACAUUGGUCCACAUAUUUAUGAUCAAAUUACUCAACCUUUUAUUUUUUCAAUAUCACACUUGUUUAGUGCAAUUGCCAACUCUAAUAGUGCAAUUUUCAACUCUAGUAAUAUUGUAGAGUCUGUAGAAAGUGGUGCUGCAGCUAAAGAUAUCAAUUAUGUAUCUGAACAGGCAAAAAUCAAUUUAGUCACAAAACUGAUUCGAUCUAUGGAAGAAUAUUUUAACGGUUUGCAAUAUUACCUUGCUAACAAUGAAAAUCCCACAAUUGUUGAUACACCUGCAUUUAAGUAUUUUGUAAAAAAAGUUUAUGGGAAUUCUUAUCAAAAUAUUUGGUCAAAAGAAUUCGAAGUUGACUUCUUAGAAGAAAAUUAUGGUGAACAAAGUGGAUUUAAAAUUCAGAAUUUAACAAGUCUUUUAAAUGAAUCAACUAAAUAUUCCAGUAUUGUCAUUAAUAACCUAAAUUUGAAGAGUCAAACAUUUUCAUGGGAUUUAGAACGUUCUAACAACAUUGUUUCUGAAAAUCAAAUUUUAUACUUGAGCACAACGAGCAGAAAAAAAAUUGAAGUUAAAAAUUUGACAUCCACAAUUGAUAUUUCAAUAAAAAAUAUUCCAGAGAAAAUGAUUGGUCAAAACAUAUCCUUACCAAUGCCAAACAAUGUUCAAAUGAACUUCAUUAAUAUAUCAUCUGCUGAAUGCAAACUAAUGAUGAAGUUUGCCGCAUUAAAUGAUCCACAAAACAAGACUAACCUAAUUGUUUACAUUCAAUAUGGAAAAGUUCCAACUAUAGAUGAUUAUGAUAUUAAAUUAAACAUUUCAAAUAGAGAUGGUACUGAUCUUAUUAUUGGAAACAAUACACCACAUUCCAAUUCGUCUGUAAAUAUCCAACGAAGUCAAAAACGUAGACUGUUAAAAGAUGGAUCAAUUAUAUUAUGGGAUUUUCAUAACUCCACAUAUUCUUUUUUAAACAAAAAAUAUCUGUAUUUAUCUUAUUUUUAUGUUGGACCAAUGCCUGAAAAGAUAUUGGAGUCAAAUCUGUAUACAUUUGAUGGGAAAGAAUUUUAUGGAACAUUUCUUUAUGAGAUGAAAUCUUUUUGUGUUGAAUGCAACUAUUGGAAUGAAAGUAAUAACAAGUGGAUGUCAGAUGGAUGUGAGAUUGACUUAUUAACAACAACAUUUUAUGUUACAAAGUGCAAAUGCAAUCAUUUGACUGCCUUUGGAGGUUUUUAUGUUGCACCAAACAUAUUGCCUACACCUAGUUUAAGUUUGCUUAAAGUAGGCUACACUUUACUUGUAGUAGUUAUAACGGUGAUUGGUUUUUGGAUUGCAGCUUUGGUAUUUGCAAGAAGAGCUGAUAUAAAUGAUGUAAAAAAGGUUGGUGUUUGUCCACUUAUUGACAACUUUGAAGAAGAUUGUUAUCUUUAUGAAAUAACUGUGAUUACUGGUAGUCGAAUAAAUGCUGGUACCAAGUCAAAUAUUUUUUUCAAAGUUGCAGGAGAAUUUGGUGACUCUGGAAAUCGACACUUAAAUGAUUCUCAGAGAGUAUGUUUUCAAAGAUCCAGUGUAGAUGUUUUUAUAAUGGCUACAACUAAAUGUCUAGGUGAACUAAAUUAUAUACAACUUUGGCAUGAUAAUUCUGGAGGUGGAUGGUAUUUGAGAGAUAUUGAGAUUGUUGACCUACAGACAGAGCAACUGUUUUACUUCAUUGCAAAUCGUUGGAUAGCUAUUGAUAAAGAUAAUUGUUCAUUAGAUGUUGUUUUACCAGUAUCUAGUCGAGAGAAUAUAACAAAUUUUAAUUACAUUUUUUAUUCAAAUGUUCGAAAAGGUUUUACUGAUGAGCAUUUAUGGCUUUCAGUAUUAACACGCUUACCUAUUAGCAAUUUUACAAGAUGUCAAAGAAUUUCUGUUUCUGUCUGUUUACUAAUGACAUCAAUGACAGCAAGUGCAAUGUUUUUUGAGAAAGUGCCGCCUAGCAGUCCAGCAACUGAAAAUAGAAUAGGAGCAUUUUCAUUCACAAUCAAACAGUUAUAUGUUGGUAUAGUUUGCACAUUUAUUACUCUACCCAUAAACAUUUUGCUGACUCAAUUAUUUCGGCUGGUUCAACCUGUUUAUCAGCAGAACAUGAUUUGUGGUCAAUCUAAAUACAAUGAUUUAAAAUUUGAAAGCAUUGAGGAUGGAUUUCAAAAAAAGGCACAAGUUAAAAAACUUUUUUAUUUUCCUCAUUGGUUUUUAUACAUUUCUUGGUUUAUAUGCAUUGCAACAAUUUUAGGAUUAGGAUAUGUUAUUUUAUUGUAUGGAAUGUCAUUUGGUAAUAAAAAAUCAUUGGAUUGGUUAGCCAGUAUUUCUUUAGGAUUGAUCCAUGAUGUUAUAGUAAUGCAACCUAUAAAAAUAUUUGUAUUUUCCAUACUUGCUGCACUCGCUUCCAAAGCUAUAAUAAGCAAAGAACGGUAUAUGCUUUACAUGCGAGGAAAAAUGCUUGCUUGCAAUGAAAAUUGGCUUCAUAGUACUAAGAAUAAAGAAGCAAUUGUUAAAAGAAUCGAUGAUAACAGGAUGCCUCCUCCAGCCUCUUUAAUUGAAAGUAUGAAAGCAGCCCAUUUAAAGGAGGUCAAGAUGCAAACAAUUACUCGGGAGCUGUUAGUAUACAUCUUGUUUUCUAUAGUAGUAUUUUAUCUUGGUUAUAUAUCACGUGGAAGUUUUGCAUAUUAUCAAACACAUGAUAUAGAAGAACUGUUUAAUUUAAAAUUGAGAUCUAAAGCUAAAAAUGAUAAAUUUAAAGUUUUUGAAACGCUUCGUUCUUCAGAUGACUUCUGGCCUUGGAUGGAUUCGUUUUUUCUUGCACUAAUUCAUCCUGAUUCCUGGUUUAUUAUUAGUGACCUAUACAAAGGUAAUAAAAAUAUUGAACUUCCAGGAAAAGUAUUUUUGCCUGAUCUUGUGUCAAAGGUUAUUACUGGAAUAAGAAUCAGACAAGUUCGAGUAAAGACAGACACCUGUAUAAAGGCUAAUGAAGUAUCUGAAUUAUUUAACACUUCUUGUCUGUCCGAUUACAAAAUAAAAUUCGAAGAAGUUCAGGAUUUUGAUUUUAAUUGGGAAAAACCAAAAAUAUAUAACUCUUCUAUCACUUCGUUAACAAUGCCAUGGAGGUAUCAAACUUCUGAAGAGUUAAAUGGAUAUCCACUCUCUGCGACUUUAGAAGUGUAUAAUGGUGGAGGAUAUGUUUUAGAAGUUUUUCCAAAAUGGAAAAACAAAGAAUUUGUCAAACAAUUAAAGCAAAAAAAGUGGAUUGAUCGUCAAACACGAGCUUUGAUUAUUGAGUUUGCUUUAUUUAAUGCUGCCACAAAUCAUUUUACCAUGGUUACUAUUGUGUUUGAGUUUCCUUCUUUUGGUGGAAUGGUGCCUUACUAUGAUGUGGCUUCACUUAAUCUCUAUGUAUUAACAUCAGAAAAUUCUGUUGGAACUAUUAUUUUUCAGAUAAUAUUUCUUCUAUUGAUGUUUAUUUUUACAAUACGUGAGUUCAAAAUGUUAUAUAGAAGAGGAUGGCAUUAUUUUUAUGAAUUUUGGAAUGUCAUAGAAGCUGCACUUGUUGUGCUUUCCAUACUUGCUGUUGUUUUCUUUAUCUAUAAAGUGCAUCUUGUUGAAAAGCUUAUUGGUCGUCUACCUGAAAAACAACCACAAAAGUUUAUAAACUUUCAGUUUGUUUCAUACUGGGAUUCGAUCUACAAUUGUAUUGUUUCAUUACUGGUUUUUUUUGUGAGUUUGAAGUUUCUAAAACUUCUUCGAUUCAAUCAUCGAGUUUCAGUGCUCUCAUCAACACUUAAAGUUGCAUUCUUCCCUCUUUCCAUGCUUGGAAUCACGUUUGUAUUAGCUCUUUGUGCAAUAAUAUCAUUUAGUACCAUAUCAUUUGGCGUUUUAUUGGAUGGUUAUCAAACAUAUUUGCAAACUAUUUCUUCAGUAAUAUUUUUGUUGUUGGGAAAAUUCAGCUAUUAUAGUUUUGUAAAUGCAAGCCCUGUACUUGGUCCACUUUUUUUUUUGGGUUUUAACAUAUUCAUGAUUUGGAUACUUAUGAAUAUGUUUAUAUCUAUACUCAAUGAUUGUUGGAUAUUUGUGCACCAAAAUAAAGAUUUUCAAAAUAAUGACUAUGAGAUGGUUGACUAUUUUUUAACUCGCUUUCAAGGUUGGUUCGGAUUAAAUACAAAGAACAAUUCAAAACACUUGUCGUCAUCAGGGUCAGACUGUGUACGCAAAAAGUCUGAAAUUCUUAAUUCAACUGCAUUAUCCUGCGAAGGCUUGUCGCAUUGUUUAAAAAAUUGUAACACAACUACGAUUAUCUGUGUUUAUAAUUUUGAUGAAAAUGUCAUAGAACAAGAAGAUAAAGGUUAUAUGAAUAAAGUGCAAGAAAAAUUUAUCAAAUGUGUUCAUAUUUUACAAAAUCGUAACUUCAUACAAGCAAGUUAAAAAUAAUCCAUUAACAGGAGUGAAAAAAGAACUGCUUUGUUCAAUUUAUUUUGCUCUGUUUAUUAUGUCUUAUGAACCACUUGUUGUUUUUUUAUCGUUGUUUUGAAUGGCUUAAAUUUUGUUUUGUUUUUAAAACAUUUUUAAGUUCUAUUAUUUGUGUUGCAUU